AGGAUGCUGCUGGGAACAUGGGUGUGUGUAUGUAUCUGUUUGAGUCCCUGUUUUCUGCGCCUCAGGAUAUGUACUCAGAAGCUCAGAGCGUUUUAAACAUUCAUUUGUUUGCGUGUUGUCAGCCUUCCUGAGUAGAACACAGGGGCUCCAGGGAGGAACUGUUUCUAUUUCAUGCACUGCUGUGUGCCUCGUGCCUGGGAAGCUGCCUGGCUCCAUGCAUACUUGUGGAGGGGUUCAUGGAAGUCACCAUUAACCCCUCCACCUUAGCGACACAGUGGGGGACCUGGGUCCUGUAAGCUCCUCGAGGUGGCCGAGCCAGGCCGGGCAUCCUCAGUCCUGCAACUCUGGCACCUGCCCACCAGCAUCUGCCUGCCGGUCAUUUCCACCACCUGAGCCAUCCGUCCUCCUUUGAUUAAGUCUCAUUUUGCCAUGAAAAGAAAAGGAGGUGACAGUUGGCUUGUGGGGGAAGGUCAUUCAUUCCAGAAAGGAAAUUGGAUAGCGGCGUCUCCAUCGUCCACACACGGCCUCUACUCCCGACAAACUCGCUCUCCUGCCCACUGCCCGCCUGCCCGUCCCCCGCCGUGGGCAGCAAAGCUGGUGUCAGGCAAGACAGCCUACACCCAGCCUCUCCUGGCUCUCAUUAAACAGGCAGCUCUGGACGGAUCAAUGCAAGCCAAACGAUGACCAGUUGUGGCCAGCAGUCCUUGAACGUGCUCGCCGUCCUCUUCUCGUUGCUGUUUUCUGCAGUCUUGUCUGCACAUUUCCGGGUCUGUGAACCGUACACAGACCACAAAGGCCGCUACCACUUCGGCUUCCACUGCCCCCGGCUCUCGGACAACAAGACCUUCAUCCUCUGUUGUCACCAUAACAACACGGUCUUCAAAUACUGCUGCAACGAGACGGAGUUCCAGGCGGUGAUGCAGGCAAACCUCACGGCCAGCUCUGAGGGUUACAUGCACAACAAUUACACCGCCUUGUUGGGAGUGUGGAUCUAUGGCUUUUUCGUGUUGAUGCUGCUGGUUCUGGACCUUUUGUAUUACUCGGCAAUGAACUACGACAUCUGCAAGGUCUACCUGGCACGGUGGGGCAUCCAGGGACGAUGGAUGAAACAGGACCCCCGGCGGUGGGGGAACCCUGCUCGGGCCCCUCGGCCAGGGCAGCGGGCCCCACAGCCGCAGCCUCCCCCAGGCCCACUGCCGCAAGCCCCCCAGGCCGUGCACACACUGCGGGGAGAUGCUCACAGCCCACCGCUGAUGACCUUCCAGAGUUCGUCUGCCUGAAAACCCUUUUGCUGUGCCUCAGGAUGGGGGAGAUGAGAUCUGAAGCACCCAGUGCAGCCUCCGAGAAGAACAACUUCUACAGAGAUGCCAGGGACAGCCGAGGUAGCGGCGGUGGCAGAGGAAGAAAUGCUGCCUGUGCCCAAAACCCUCUUCCGUGGACUUCUAAGAUUAGGAGCAAACUCAGGGGUAGGGGCUGGGGGUGCCGGGGAAGGGAUUCUGAGCCACCUGUCCGCAAGCAAUAGUCCCAUUUUGGGCUGGUGGCUUCUGAGAGGUGACUCAUUGUGGACUCAGGAUGACCAAGACAAAGCAACUCUGGCUGAUUCCAGCCGGGAGGAUUGAGGUCUGUGAGUUAUACCCAUGGUUGAAAACCGAAGCUUCCCUUGCCCCUGCUCCCUCCAAAUAGCGGCCCCUUGGGGCUAUUUGUGUCAGAAUAUUGGAUGUGCGCGUGUGUGUGUGCGCGUGUGUGAUUUGGGAUGUUCUUUUUGUUUGCUUGGUUGGUUUUUAUUGGGGCUUCCCCCUCAAGUUCUCUGAUGGGCACGGGUCACCCUCUAGCUGGGGGGUUCUGGUCAGUGUCAAUGUCCAGGCCGCAAGCUUCUUGCUACAGCACAGGGUACAGCCCCUCUGUGUCUCGGGGGGCACUGGGGAUUUGAAAAUGCCAGUAGGGUUGGUUCUUACAGAAUUCAUUCCUGUAACAAUAGUAAUACUAAGGGACGCAUCUCAGGCUGACCACAGGUCAGGUACCAAGUUGAGUGUUUUCAUGCACUCUCUCUCUUACCACCUGGGAGGCAGGUAUGAUUAACCCCUUGCAGAAAAAGCUCACAGUGGAGAAGGGGUGCCCAGGGCCAUGUGGCCAGGAGGAGACCAACCCCUCGUUUGGUCUCAGGGGUGCAGGAACCCAAAGUCCAGGCUCCAACUCCCUGGACAUGACGUGCUCCCCAGCCAGGGCACACCCUGCACAAUGCCAGGAGCAUCUCCUUGAUGCCUCCACAGGCCAUCUCCCUGAGUUCUCCGCCAUCACCGCCUGGAGCGCUGAUCCGCUCAGCACAUUCUGGCUAAGCACCUGCUGUGUGCCAGGUCCCGUGCUGGGCAGUGAUGGGGACGAAAGAUGAGUCAGACCUUAUCUCUGCCCCUGGGGAGCCUCCCAUCUGGUGGGAGAGACAGACACAGGGAUCUUUGCUGGACAGGGUAACGAGGCUACAGAAACCCAAAGAGGAGGGUUCUAGAAAUCCAUCCACUUUCAAGUGGGACUUCCACGUAAACCUAGAUGCCCAAAAUAUCCACCCACAGAGCUAAUCACCUCCACUCCUGCCCCGUUGCACCUAUGAGAUGGCAUCACCUAAAUGAUCACAAACAUCUCCAAAGGCCACGCUGCCAGUGUAGAUACACACAUUCCAUGGGCGUUAGUGGUCCCAGACCUCCCUCAGAUCUUAGCUCGGGAGGCCCUGCUCAAUAAACAUGUGUGUCCUCUGAUCCAGUUUCCUCAUUUCAUCAGACCUAGUGUUCUCACACUGACCACCCAUCCAUUCACCAGACACGACAGUGAACAAGGCAGGUCCCUGCUCACUGUGCUUGCUUUCUAGCUGGGGCAAGACAGCGAAGAAGGAAGGUGGCAAGGGCAGUGAGUGCUCUGCUGGGAACUCAGUUCGAGGGACACGUGAGUGAGACACUUGCGGACUUGGGGUGGUCUGGAAAGACCUUCUUGAGCAGAUGAUUGAAGCCCGGAUUUGAAUGACACACAGGAGCCAGUAAUGGGCAUUAAAGAUAGGAAAAGAGCAUUUCAGACAGAAGGAAUGGCUAGUUCAAAGGCCCUGAAGCAGCCAUAGUCUUGGUGGUUUCAAGGAAGCAUAAGAAAGCCAGGUGGCUGGGACCCAGAGGAGAUGAGGGCGGGCGAGCAUGCCCAACUCUGGGCUCCGCUAUGAGUCAAGCUGUGCAAACAAUGCCCUGCCUUUGGAAAAGCAGAACAAGCUUGCUAGGGCAUAAAGCAUCCCCCAUUCUGCCUGGCUCUCCAUCCUCUCAACAGCCCCGUGAAGAAGGGGCUCUCCCCAUUUUAUGGAUGAGAAGACAGACUAAGCCAGGUCAAGUGGCUUGCCCAGGGUCACACAGGUCCGCUGUGGAAGACCCAGGCCCCUGGCUUCAGUCUUUGGGUUCACCUGUCUCCUCCAGGCAGUGCUGGCAGCGGUAUGCCAGGCCUACAGCUUGGCAGAGGCAAAGUGCGAGAACCUCUGCUUGGGGUCUCAAUUGGAGAAAGGCAUGGCUUCCUCUCCCCUGAUGUGAGCCAUCCCAGGGCCAUGUUGCCAUAAGGGGGUGCACAGCCUGUCCCAUGUGCAGUGCCUCGGAAGGCAGAGGAAGCUUUGGGGUGAGGGGCCCAAGACCCAGAUUCUGACAUCAGCUCUGCCACUGCGAACAAACAGCGUGACCUCAGGCAAGGUCUGUUACCUCAGUUUCCCCAUCGGUAAGAGGAAGGAGUCAGAUGGGUAUUUAAGGGGUUUGCAGCCCUCGUGUCCUGCUGUCCUGGAUGAUGCUCUACAGGUGCUUCCUCCGCCAAAAAGGAACUGGUGGCCUUGCCUCCCUCUCCUAGACACCUGGGGUCAGAGGUCACUGCCAAAUAGCUAGAGCUGGGGUUCACCUAAGCAUCCCUUGAGAUUUACAACCUUCUAGGAGGACAUUCCUCCUGAAAGAGGUCUUUUCAGGAAUAACUGAAAAACUCAUGGGGUUUGUGGUCCUACUGCUCUGCCAAGUCCCUCUUGGGCAGCUGGGCUGAGGACUGGAACAUUCUGUGGCAAGCAGGAGGUCUCAGCAGAGAUCACCACGACUCAGCACACCUGGUAUAGAUAGCCUGCGGCAAAGGCAGGUACAGACAGCCACAGCACCCUCCUUCCCACAGGUCACCCCCACGAGUCACUUAACCUCUCAGAGCCUCUGCUUCUUACCUGUCAAGUGUGUGAGAUGGGGUGCCAGGGGGUCACGGUACUUGCUGUCUCACGGAGGAGGUGAGAACGGUGUGCACGCGGGUAUGAACACUCGGUGUAGAAAGCAGGUGUGGGUAUUCAAUCCCCCAGUGGUGUCAAGGGCUCCUCAAAACACUGUGGGUCCCCAGGUCAUUGUGAUAAACACUGUCCCCAUCCUACUGUGCUUGUGGCUGGCAGGUCCUUCAAUGAGUAGAGUGUCCCUGAGAACAAGAUGGAUGCAGGGUAGUGACAAGUUCAAGCAUAGAUUUCUAGAGUUAUCGUUUUGUAGCAACUCCUCAACCUGAAUUUUUAAGCUGCCUACUUUUACUUUUUACUGUGAGCUUCUGUCCAUAACCAUGUAAUUUGUAAUAAUAAUACAUAAAGAAAAACACGAGAGAAAGGAGGACAAGAUGUCCACAGAGGAAUCUGCAUUCGAGGCUGCUUUGCAGAAAUACCGCAUUUGUAAGGACUGUUUCCCACUGGGAACUGUGUGAUUCAUGAGCAGUUUUAUGCUUUCCCCCUCGUCUGUGUACGGUGUGAUUGUUGUGUGUUUCGGAAUCUCUAUUCAGAACCAAUAGCUGGUAGCGCCUGCUGCCUCGCUGCCCUCACAUUAGCCUCUGAACAUGCCCUGCACCUAGAGAAGCAGCCUGCUCACCUGCCUCGCCUGGCCCCUCCAGUUGCCAGGUCAGCACCUGACCAUGACCAUUGCUGAUGUGCAACGG